UCUUCGAAUGCAACCCACAAAACGCAGCGACGGAGUCAUUCCUUCAGUGAAAUACUUAUUGAUUGCAUGCACUGUGCUUGUAGUACUGGUGGCCGUGAUUUGGUGUUGUAUGGGAGGGAAUUCUCCUUCUGCAAUGGCUACCCCAGCAGUUGUUGUUCAGUCUUCGAUAAAGCAAACUGCUACGGUUAUAUUUCUACAUGGGCUUGGUGACACUGGUCAUGGAUGGUCAGAAAUUUUUGCAAGACAAGCCAGAAUACCAUACAUCAAGUAUAUAUUACCUAAUGCUCCUAUACAGCCAGUGACAUUAAACGCAGGAUUUAAAAUGCCAUCUUGGUUUGAUAUACGGGGGUUAAGUCCAGAUAGUCCUGAGGAUGCAGAGGGAAUUAAGAAAGCAGCAGCUUCAUUGGAAGAAUUAAUAGAAGCAGAAGAGAAGGCAGGUAUUCCCAGUGAUCGUAUAGUAAUUGGUGGUUUCUCCCAGGGAGGGGCUGUGGCCCUGUAUGCCUCUCUGUCCCACAGAAAACCUCUGGCUGGUAUCCUGGGACUUAGUGCUUGGCUGCCUUUACACAAGCAAAUUCCUGGGGUUGUUAGUGAAGCCAAUAAAAAUAUCAAGAUAUUGCAAUGCCAUGGAACAGCUGACCCAGUAGUUCCAUUCAAAUGGGGCCAGAUGACCCAUGAAGCACUGAAAACCAUCACACCAAAUGCUGACUUCAAGCAAUAUGCAGGUGUCAUGCACAGCUCCAGUGAACAGGAAAUGGAAGAUGUGAAGUCCUUCCUGGAGAGUACAUUGCCUCCAGUAUGAUCUUCUUGUGGACAGCAUAGAGCAUCGGACAAUUGACACCAGAUAAACAUUAUUGUGAACAGUUCCAGUAGAGAUAAUCAAUAUGAAACAAAUUGAAACAGUAUUUCACAAUGACACACCAACAGUGACACCAUGGUCAAUAGCUAGACAUUUAUGUUUAUGUAGACGUUUAUUGUCAAAAUUCUUGAAAUAUCACUAGAGUGCUGUACACACUCUAGAUCUAUCUUGAUCAAUGACCAGGGUGUGGAGGCCAUUAAGUCCAUGACAUAUGUGAUACUUUGUCAGUACACUUUUGGCUAUUUUGAUGAUUUCUUAUUAGAAUCAUUGACACCAGUAUUUUGAAGAUCUUUUCAUAUCUAGUAGUAUGCGUUAAUGAUACUGCUGUACCGAUAUACUUACUGGUAUACAGAUAGACAACUGCUCUGUGCAAGAUAUUCCCAUGAAAAAUUCACACUUAACAAAUUUCCCUGGGGUAAACUGUAUUUUUUCCAACUAACAAAGCUUUGAUCCUCCUUGUCUGGCACUUGCCUUAAGUCUGUAACAAUCUGGGGAAAUUGAAGCCCUUAACCCUCUCUCGAGCAUGGAUUUUUCAAAUUGGGUGAUCACUUUGAGCAUGGAUUUCUGGGUUCUGCAUGAUCAAAAAAUUUAUCAAGACAGUUGUCAGGUGGCAGGGAUCAUCAGGUGAUAAAUUAGAUUAUUUGGCAGCAUUCAUUCAUGGCAUUUAUCUUUUAAAAUGGUUUAAAAACUAUUACUUGUUUUUACAGAAGUUCCUCUAGAAAUGGUUUGUGUCCUUUUAAGUUAAAGAUGAUUAACACCAUAUGCUUCAUCCCUAUAUUAGCCCGACUAUUUUGAGUCACCUAAACUGAGCCCUCACUCUUGACACAGCCACGCAAUAAACUUCUACCCAAAUAGUGGGAAGCAAACUUGCAAAAGCCAGUUAAACCACCUGUAGCAUACUUGCAUGUUGGGACCUCUCAAAGUGAACCAGUACAGCAGCAUUUCUAAGCAUACUGCUCGAUGUGAAAAGUCCUUACCAUAAAACAUUUAAGCAAAUUUAAGUAACUUGACAAUAUUACUUAUCAUUCAGAGGUCAUUCCCAAACUCUUCUUGCAGACCAUGUUAAUUUGAUAAUUAACAUUUUAAAAUCAUAUUUUGUUGGUGUUUAUGAUGGGUGGUUAGUUGUUCAGUGUUGAUGCUACAAAGUCAACAGCUAGGUACAGCAGGUUGCUGGAAACAAGAUCCAGCUAUGUAUGGUUCUGUGAGUAGAAAAAAUCCAAUCAUAUAUGGGGUAAGUAAGGUGACACAUAACAUGCAUAUAAUGAGGGUGGAUUGUAUGUUAAACUAAAAUGCAGCAAUGCUGGUAAACUGUUUCAGUUUGUAGUAUGUAUUUUCAGUGGCCUACAAUUAUGGGACAGUUUAAAAUAUCAAACAGAAUGUUAUGGGAUUUUAAAGUAUUAGAAAGGUUUCAAAUUAGAAUCAGAGUAAUACAGUAAGAUAUUAAUGCGUUGUGCAUAUGGUUUCAGCAGAUAAAACCCCAAGCUAGAGGAAAACAAUCCAUGUCGAGUUUCUUGAAAUUCCACUUCAAGUAAAAUUGUUCCUUUUUUUUUUUUUUUGAGAACACACAAAACAAGAAAAUAAUCAUGGUAGAUGUGUUUUAAAUAAUUCCAUUUUAUGUGCAUCUUUAGUGAUUUUUUCUUUAACUCCUCCUUCAUCUUGAAUCAUCAAUUCAUUUCUUCAUUAGCAGUGUUAAUGAUGACAGGGAUAUUUUACAAUAGUGACAGCUGUCUCAAAAUAUAUUUUGCCAACUUGGUCCACACCAUGAAAACUUAUGGCACAGAAAAAGUAAAAAAUCUUAACUUUGCAGUACAAGUCUGAAAUAUUUAAACCCUACACUCAAAUAUAUUUAGUAACUUCUGUUCAGUCAGCUGAUUAAGUUUAAGUACUGCCAUAUAACUGUCAAACAUCAAACAAGAAAUCUGGUGCAGACUCAUGAACAGUAUCUCUGGUUUAUUGUAAAAUUUAUGAAAUAAUUUAUGAUGAGCUAAAUAAAUACCUGUUACAUGUGUUA